AUGUCUCUACUACAAUCCUUUAUAAUAACCUCUGGUAUUGAAAUUCUUGCCUGUACUGAAACGUGGUUAUCACCUUAUGUCUUUAAUGAGGAAUUUCUUCCCCCUGGCUAUUCAGUGUUUCGACAUGAUAGAGAUGGUCGGGGUGGUGGUGUCCUUCUUGCUAUUAGGAACCAUAUUCCUUGCUUUGAGUUGUCCUCUCCCAAAGACCUGGAGCUUGUUACUGUCAAUAUUGGGCUAGUACAUCAAGUCACGUUGUGUGUCCUCUAUCGUCCUCCUAAUGCUUCUCAUGAUUACAAUGUCUCCCUCAGUAAUUAUCUUAAUUGUCUAGCUAUGUCUCCCGGUCGCAUUGUCAUACUUGGAGACUUUAAUGUCCCUGAUAUUGAUUGGGACACCUUGUCUGGCGACUCACCCUUUUCUUUAUAUCUAUGCGAUUUUGUUUUUAAUAAUAAUUUCACUCAGUUGGUACAUUCCCUCACCCACAUUAAAGGCGACAUUCUAGACCUAGUUCUAUCCUCAGAUUGCUUUCUUAUUAAUUGCAUUUCUAUAUCCAAAUCUAUGCCUCUGAGUUCUGAUCAUUAUGCGGUGUUUUUCCGCCUAUGCUGCUCCUCCCCUAGAUACUCUAGGACUUCACUGAACCGCCCUGUUUAUAACUAUGCUAAAGCUGAUUGGGAGGGCCUAGUUGACUACCUUCUUGAAUUCGAUUUCAGUCAAUGUUUUAGUGAUUCUGAUAUUGACACAGUUUGGUCUUGCUUCAAGGACAUCCUGUUGUCAUCAGUUGAAAGGUUUAUCCCACGAGUUAAGAAGCGUUCCUUGUCCUAUCAUUCUGUUCCAUGGCUCAGAGGAGAUCUUCAGCACAACCUGAAUCAGAUCCGCACUCUAAGAAGACGCUACGCCAGAAACCCGACUGACCAUAUAAAGAUGAAACUAGCUAAUGAGGAAGCUGAAUUUACUACUGCCUUUUGUGACGCUAAGUCUAAAUACGAGGAAAGAUUGGUGAAAGAGCAUGGGCAUGAUCAAAGUAAAAUUUAUCGAUAUGUUCGCCAUAUUUCGAAAUCUAGAGAGAUACCCGAGAGUCUAUCAAUUUGGUCCAGAGAAUGCUUCUGA